AUGUACACAUGGUUCUGGGUUCGAUCUUCUAUCCCCAGGAGACUGUGGAGCAAAUGUAUGGAUUAUAAAGUGACCGAAAAUGGCGCUGCAGUGUGGUACAAACUAGUUGGUGACAAUGAAUUGCCAUUGAAGGUUGGUGCAUGGUAUAUAGAGGCAGAAAUUAUCUAUAAUAAUAUUUAAAUGAAAAACUAUAUUGCAUAAGUUAGGUAAAUUGAACCUAUAUUAUUGUAAGAAAUUUUAAUAGUUCGUACAGGAACAUAACUUCAUGCAAAAUUAUAUAGGAUCGAGUUUUACGAAAUCAUAGAAUAUAAAUUUUUAUACAAUAUUUUUUCACUUACCAGGGUCGCUGUGCUAAAGAUAAGCCUCUUUUCUACGAAGGGGUAAGUUAAUUUUAAACUCUGUACAUGUUGAAAGGAUUAGUGUCACACCAGGAAUUCGCAGGCUCAAACUCCUGCUGGCGGCCAUUUUUCGGGACGAAUAGAUUAGAUGAUCUGGAAAGUUUUUACAAUCCGUCAUAUAUUUAAACCAUCCUUUCAUAAUCCUUGCUCUUUUUGUCUGAUUUGUAUCAGAAAUGGGCCAAACAAGGUAUUUUUAUCGCUAUUUGUUGUAUUUGAGUAAAAUGUAAACAAUAACAAAAGCCCGCAAUGCAUGACCCUGACACUAAUCCUUUAAGAUUGGCUUAAUUAUUUUCCUAUAUGAUAUAAUUAUAAAAAAAUAUCGCAGAAUACUCAAGAUUUACCACAGACAGUUUUUUGCUAUUUGCUGCGAUAAUUAAGAUAUACUUUAAAAUUUUGUACAUGCACUUUUCCAUUUUUGAUUUUCGUGCAUAGUUAUUGAGCUUCUCGAUCAUGAAAUUUUAAAUAUUCGCGGUAUCAUGCAUGCAUACCAUUGUCAACACCAAACAAAUGUUUAGGCAUUAAUUGAUGGUUGUGUGCAUGACCCAUUAUACAGAUGUUAGUUGUACCAGACAAUGCCACAGCAAAGAAAGUUCCAAGUGUUGAAGGAAUGAUGAUAUACCGGAAGGACAACAAUAAACUUUAUGUGCAAGGAGAUAAAAAAUUGAAUGCGUUGGCUGAAGAAAAGAAGGUUGGUGAGGAUAAAUAAAGCCGAUAUUUAUAUUAAUUGCUGAAUAAUAUUAACAUGCAUAUUCGUUGAAUUUUUGUAUGGUCAUGGUGUAUAGUAAUGAUGGUAGAUUUUACUUUUAAACGGAAUUAGCAAAACACUUGUGUGAAAAUAUUAUCAAACAACUCUGUUCAUUUCUGGCAAUUAUGCAUUCUCUAUAUAAUCUAUAAUCGAAAUCGCGUUAAUACUAUAUAUACCUAUCUGAAGGAACAUGGAAAUUUAGAAAAUUUCACUGUAUCAAAAAGGGUAUAAUGUGAAAUCUUCUUGGAACUUAAGUCAAAUAUGAAAUCUUCUUGUAACCUAGGUCCAAUUAUGGGCUAAUACAAAAAAAUAUUUGUCUAAUUCUAGAUAAUAAGCAUACUGGACAAAGAUAUUGCGGAACUCGAAAGUAAAUUUGACCGUUUCAAUCAUACUUUGGGUAACAAGAUGCGUCUCAUUCAUUCUCGUAAGUGAACCAUUUUUUUAUAUAAUAUAUCAAGUAAUAACAAAAUAAAUUAUUUAAAAUAUGCGAUUAAGUACAUAAAGUAUAGAGAAAAUACCUGUCGUCUAUAUUGCAUGCUUCUCUGUUCAUUGCUUUAAUUCUCGGAUUGGAUAAGAUUGAUUAUAAUAUUUUACCACAGAUUUGAAAGCAAAUUCAUAUACGCGGGGAAGCCUGCGUGAAAAGUUCAGAACACGAAUGAAAGAAUCACAUGUAUAGGAUUAAUUAAAUGGCUAUGUUUUCUGGUCAAUGUAAAUUUAUCAAAUAUUUAUCAAAUCGCACUUACGGAAAAUUUUAAAGCAGAAAAAUAUUCAGUCAUUUGUGUUAUGAAGGAUCAUCAGAAGGGUUAUGCAAUGUGCAUGCAACCCCUCGCUGUUCUCUACGAUGUUUGGUAGAGAUGUUAUAGCUACUUGUUUCAGCAAUAAAAAUAUGCCGAAGUUGUGCAUUGUGUUUAAAGGAAGAUGUAAGUUGAUUGUGAUGAUAGUUGCAUAAUCAUCCUCUUUUGGAUUUAUGCCGGCUUAAUUAAUGUCAUGAGAAGAGCGGACCGGUGCUAUAACACUUUACAAUAAACAGCAGUUGUCUAUUUCGGAAACAGCUCUACUACCCAUAUUUAACUACUACAUACCAGCUUGCAAGUAAUGAGCGUUUAUUUAGCAAACUAAAUAUUCUGAAUAGCUAUUUUCCAUAUCUUCGUCAGUGAAAAUGUCGAUCACUCCAUCAGCAGGUUACAUUUAUACGCACUAUAUACAUGUAACCUGAUGAUGGAGUAAGCUCCAAAACGUUGUUACAAUUUAUUAAAUUUGUUAUAAAAAAAGCCUUCUGGUCGUUACUAAAAAGAAAAUUAUUACAUUUAAAUGAGGCUUAGAGAAAGUUCGCUUCUAAUCACAUUUAUAUGCAUAUGACUAUGAUUAUAAGAAAAAGAACAGUAUACAUGGUGGCUUUAAGAUAUGAGUUUAAUCUUGUCGUGGUGAAGAUUAAUUCAUAUCUUUGUGCCACAGUAUAAUAUCCUCUAUUCACCGGAAAAACUUUUGAAAAUCCAUAGAAGGUCAUAGCAUGAAAAUUGUAUGGUUAUCCAUAAUAAUUGUAUAUUUCCAUACUAUGGAUAUAGUAUCGAAAUAGUAUGGAUAUACUAUGGAUUUAGUGGUGCAAUUGCAAACUUCAUAGUAUAGGAUUUCACAUUUUUUUCCCAGUGAUUUAUGAAUCCUAUAUAUUAUAUCAAUAAAAUAUAUAAACUCUAUAACACACUGUAUAUUAAGAAGUACUAAUAUAUGAUUAGUAUACAUUGGCAAUACAUUGUAUCCAUUAGGAGAUAUUGAAAUUCAACUCCGAAUUAGUUAAAACUCGAAGGGUGGGGCCAAGAGGGAUAAGUAAUUUAUUUAUACCUAAAACAUAAUUAAUAUUAAUCUCUUUUAAGAUCUAAAUACCGUUGAAAUAUAUUAAAAAUACGGGGGUAAAACGAUUUUAAGAACUUUCUCCAAUUCUCCCUAUAACAUUAGGUGAUAUUUCGGCCUCCACAAUACUGAAAGGUGAACCUGAAAGUUUUCUGAAGCAGCUCAAACGGUGGUUUUCAUUCAAUAAACUGACAUGCUGUUGGAGAGCUACUUUGGAUGGCUGGGAUUCACGAAUAUUUCAUGAAAGGUGCGAUCAGCGAGGAAAAACAAUCACUUUGGUUAAGGUUGGAAAGUACAUCUUCGGAGGAUAUUCAACUUAUUAUUGGGGAG